CUAAUACCAGCCAGAAAAUAUACAUGUAAACAAAUCUCUCUCUUCAUUGCCUCAAAGCCUUAAACAAUUGACAAAUUCACAGGCCAUUUCACAAAAUAAAUUACUGUUUCUCUCUCUCUCUCUCUAUUUGCGUGUUUCUUUCUUCUACUCAAAUAUACAGUCAAAAUAUCAGACAUUAUUAGUAGACACAAUACCCAGCAGCUUCUCUCUGUCUCUCUGUCUUUCUUUCUCUCUGAAAAAUGUCUAACAUGUUUUGGAAGAACUUUAAUCUCUGUUUCUCAACACUCAAAUGCCUGCCUACUUUUUCCCCAUCUCCUCCACCAUCUUCAAAACAUGAUCAAAAUCACUCAACAUCAACCACUAGUCCUACAACUUCUCUUCUUUUCAAGAACUAUAACUCUCUCUAUGAUUUGUCUUCAUCUGAGCUUUCAACUUCCAAAUCUCUCGCUCCUUCAACAGAUGACUACUUCUCUUGUUCCACUUCAUCUGAUUCUGACUCUGAAGACAACUCAGCGCCAGAUUUUGCAACCAUUUUCGCCUCUCAACGCUUAUUCGUCUCCUCUCCUGGCCGUUCCAACUCCAUCAUCGAGUCACCAGAUAGUAGCAGACCUGAGAGUGAAGAAGCGCCACUCAAUGGAAGCGGCGUUGCUGUGAAGAAGUACUCUCCGGAUCCUUACAGGGAUUUCCGGUGUUCAAUGCAAGAAAUGAUUGAAGCCAGAAACUUAAAAGAUGUGAGGAGUAACUGGGAUUACUUGCACGAGUUGCUCCUUUGUUACCUUACAUUAAAUCCAAAGCACACCCACAAGUUUAUCAUAAGCGCUUUCGCUGACAUUCUCAUUUGCCUUUUGUCAUCCUCAGAUUCGGAUAGUCUCCGGAAACAAGAAGGCCAUCAGAGGUGACGUAACAUUAAUUAACAUUGUAGUUAACUUUUUAGCUAGCCAUAAAAAAGGAAAAGAAACAUUGACGGUUGUUUCUUCCUUCGUUUCUUUUCUAUCUCUCCGGUUGUGUUGUAGCAUUUUGUGAAGACAAAUUAAGGGGUUAAAUUAAAUGUAAUUGAUGAUCAGAAAACCAGGGAAAGCGUGGGAUAUUAAUGUCUCGAUGAAUGUUAGGAAUGCAUACUCUUGUAAGCUGUUAAUGUAAAAUGUGUUCAUGGUAAAAAAAAAAAA